AUGGUCAGAUUUCUUCACGAAGAAUUACUGGCGCCCGCUCGACCAAUUCGAAGAUCAACGGAAGUCAAGGUGAUCAAGGUUCAAACCAGCCAGUUGCGGAAGGCGACUGUGAACGAUGUGAAACUAAAUGAUGAAUAUAUCUGUGUGGUGAUGGAAGGAAAAGCCCGGCUUCACAGAAUAAUCAACUCUGAUUCCUAUCCGUCAGUCACGUUUCCGGAACAAUCCAGAAACUCGAAACUCCUUGCAGCUGCCCUUUCAAACCAUUUUCUCAUCCUCAGUUCUGAGGCAAGCUACUUGGUGUUUUUCUCAAUUGCUGAAUGGUGUGUGGUUAGCGAAUAUCGUCACACUUCUCCUAUUCGACAAAUCCAUCCGGAUGCGGAUGGGCUCAGAACUGCUAUACUCGAUGAGAGGACUGACACUUGGAUAUACAGUCCUGUCGAUGAUUCGAUGCACAAGUUACCAGCUAUCGGUAGCGCAGUUCAUCUACUAUAUCGUGUAACCGAUGAGACGGUCGGUCCGGGUAAAACUUGCAUAGCAUGGCGUCCCAAUGGGAAUACUCUUGCAAUGGCAAGUGCCAACAAAUCUGUCAUCUUAUACGACAAGAAGGGAACCAUAGUGGACGUCUUGGAUGUUACCGGAAAUGUUGUUGCGAUGUCCUGGGAUAAGGAAGGUGAUGUACUUGCUAUUAUUACCGAUUCGUCAUCGUUAGCGAUUCUUUGGAACAUCAACACCAGUGAUGCGGAACAACUAGAGACGGCGAUGGGGGCUAGAGAGCUGCCACUUUGUCUUGUAUGGUCGUCUGUUUCGUCACUGCUGGUGAUCGGAAAUAAUAAUGGGAAUUUAUUUAUUUACAACCAUCAGUUGUCGAGGAAAAUCCCUGUUCUUGGCAAACAUCAGAGGAAAGUGACGGGAGUAGUGAUGACUAAACAGGAUAAGAUACUCUGUUGUAGUGAUGAUAGUACAAUUACUGUUUCUUCUUCUGAUGGUGAAACAAUCAAAACGUUAUCGUUGGCAAAUGAGCCAAAUGAUCUGAAAGUUGGCGAAGUAAAGCGGCCUGGAGGGAACGUGGACGUUAUUGUGAGAUUUCUUCUUUAUACCCUUCAGGGAUAA